AUGCUCACGGCCUCGCUCCAUAAACUAGCCCGGGCUCUGGCAAAGAGGCCCGCGGCGUUCGUGGCGGGGGCCACGGCCCUCACCGCGGGAGUGUGGAUGGCGCAGUCCCAGCUGAACGCGCGCCGGUCCACGCUGGCGCACGCCGGCACGGGCGACGCGCUGCGUGGCUCCCAGUCCUCCCCGAUCUCCAGCAGCGCAGGUGACGCGGCAGCCCGCGGCGCCGCCCUCCCGGGCCUGCGCCUGCGCUCCGCGGCCGUGAUGAUCCCCCACCCCGCCAAGGAGGACCGGGGAGGGGAGGACGCCUACUUCAUCGGCGACCAGGGCACGGCGGUGGGUGUGGCCGACGGCGUGGGCGGCUGGGCCGAGGUCGGCGUGGACCCGGGCCUCUACUCGCGCGAGCUCAUGGGCCACGCGCAAGUGGCCUGCAACUCUGUCAAGGCCGGCCCGAGCGCCCCUGCGGAGAUUUUGACCCUGGCGCAUGCGGCCACGGCGGCCCGUGGGUCCUGCACCGCCUGCAUUCUGGUCAUCGAGGGCAAUGAGCUGCAUGCCGCCAACCUGGGGGACUCGGGGUUCAUGAUCGUGCGGGGGGACGAGCUGGCCUUCAUGUCCCCACAGCAGCAACACGACUUCAACUUCCCCUUCCAGAUCGGGUCCCCCGACUCGAUGUCCGACUUCCCCAGCGCUGCACAGCGCUUCUCCCUGAAGACGUACGAGGGCGACGUGCUGGUGCUGGCCACCGACGGCGUGUUUGACAACGUGUACCCCGACGAGGCGGUCUCGCUGGUGGCCGCGCAGCGCAAGCGCGGGGCCACGCCCGGCGAGGCGGCCGCCGCACUGGCGCAGUUUGCGCGGCAGCGCGCCGGGGACCAAACGCACCUGUCUCCAUUCGCCUACGGCGCGCAGCAGCGCGGGUACAGGUUCUUCGGCGGCAAGAUGGAUGACAUCACUGCGCUGGUUGCCUACGUCUGCCCCGGGGAGGGCGCCGAGGCGGCAGACCCUCCGGCAGACACCCCGGUGGCGCAGGCCAAGCUCUGA